AAUCUUGUCACAUCUCCCGUGCCCCGUCUGGAACGAGACGAAUCCAAACAACGAACUCCAAUAUUUCCAUACGUAAAUCUAUACAAAAAAGAAGACGAGACAGUCCCAUUCGAUUCCACACUCUCACGACUUCUCUACGCCUUGUUCGACUGCCGGAAUGGGUCAACAACCCGGAGGAAUUCUGCUCUUGCUCGUGUGGCUUUCCGUGUCCGUUCGUGGUAGCUUGGCCUUUCGACCGCCGACUCCCGUGCGUCCGUUUCCCACGCGGUGUAGCGUCGCGUCCAGUGACAACAACGACAGUGCCGAGCGUUCCACAACCGCAGCCACGAGUACAGCACGACAACACAACGACAUCGACGACGACGAGGUUCCUUCGGAUGCCAUGGAGCUGGGAUUGGAUGCGAAACAACUCGCAUUGCUCGAAGAAGAGCAACAAAAGUUCCUAGCCACGUGCAAAGUACUCUGCGAACAACGAAACUUUCCCCUCGAAAAGGUCAAGAAUGCCCGUGAUCUUUCCUCCGUACAGAAUUCUCCCGUACAGCGCAAUCGGAUCCUCCGUAUGGGUCGCGUCUCCGACGCGUCUCAAGACGAUAUUCAGCUAUUGUUCCAUCAACUCAAUAUUACCACGCUCAUUGAUACCCGUUCACCGACCGAACUCAAAGACGAUACUACGCUGCUCCGGGAACAAGUCUUUGGAAACUUCACCAACAUGAUGUGGCAGGAGCAAGGUCGUGGGAGAGAUGGAUGUGUCAAGGAACUCGAACCGGGUCAACAACCGGUGCGACCGCGAUCUCUCAAGCGCUUUUGGGAAAAGGACCAAGGCGUUGCUGCGGCUACUACUGCCAUCAGCGAGACCGAAAUCUCCCCGUCGGUCUCCACCGAAAUAAUCGCUCAAGAGCAUCUGGAAGCCGAGCUCGAAAUCAGUGCCGAAGAGGACGUCUGUGGACUCGAUUGCGACGAAGAUGACCCCGAAACGAUGCAAGAAUCGACCGUCCUGCGGACCUACCAAGGCAACCGCAAAGAGCGUCAUUUCGUUUCGCUCAUGAACGAAUUCAAGUACGUCAAGGGAACGGUCGGUAAAUUGCGCAAGCGUGACCUGGCCAAGGCCGCCCUGCGAUCACCCAGUGCCAUUUUUUCGAAAAAAGCCCGGACAGCCGUCAAGAAGCCAUUUCUGGACGAAAUCAACGACGGAGGUUUGCCCAUGCUGAACGAAUUGCUGUUGCGCUUUGGCGCUCCCGGCAUCAAGUACGUGCUGGAACUGUGCGCGGAUCGCACCCGGCAUCCAGUGGCAUUUUACUGCACGGCCGGCAAGGAUCGGACCGGUAUGCUGACGGCUAUCAUUCUCGCCUUGUGUGGAACCAAAGCGGAGGAUAUUGUGGAAGACUAUUCCUUGUCGGCAAAUGUGUACGCGGAAAUGAACGAUCAUCAGGCCAUGGUAGGAGCAUUGUCACAACGCAGCUUGGAUCCCAAAACUUUCUUGGGAGCACCACCGCAAGUUAUGCGGGAUACGCUCUUGGCGAUCGAAGAGAAUUACGGAUCGGUGGAAGGAUACUGCACCUGGAUUGGAUUUGGACCGGAAAAACAACAAAAAUUAAUUCAGGCGUGUACCCAACCCGAUGACGAAGAAUAGUAGAUUGGCAGGGACCGCUCCGCGAAUGAUUUUUACAUACAUCUCGGUCUCCGCGCUCAUCCCGACAUUCUUUGGUCGAGAGCUGGCAAUCGACUCGCGUCAAGUACUGGAACCCCUCUCGGCCAACCGAAAUUAAACACCAUACACACAAUACAAC